AUGAUGCGAGGCAUGGACAAUCCACGACAUCAUGGGACCCAUCUUGCAGACGGCAAUGAUCGGGCUGUCCACCAAACGUGCUGCCGCCGACGCCGACGCCCGCGGCCGCUGAGCGCAACGGCUCGACGUGCGACUGUGGUAGUUAGUGUUGCUUCUGCUACGCUGGCGGCGGUGGUGCUGGUGUUGGCCGUCGUUGCCCACCCUACUGCUGCCGCUACUAGCACUGCUGCUGCUGCUUCGACGUGGUCGAGUGGUACCUCAGGCAACAACAGACAACAAUCUCCAGACACGCCUGGCCUGCCGAAAGGACGUAGAUGUACUUGCCUACUUGUCGGGGUUCCUCCGUGUAUCUCUUGCUGGCACUUCGCAAGCUCCUACCUCCGUCGAACUUUGUAUCUUGCAGGAGGAACCGUGGUCCCAACCCCGUGGGGUUUGAGAGGCGGCGGGGGGCAGGGGGGAAGAGGGGGCGGCAAGGGGGCGACGCCGCCUGCGUACGCUCGAACCCCCCCCCGAGACGGCGUUCUCUACGAUGAGCUGGAGGUGCACUGGGGAGCUACCGCCAGGGAGAUCAAGAAGGCUUACUACCGCCUGGCUGUGCAGCAUCACCCAGACAAGAAGCCCGGAGAUUCGCAAUCUGAGGACCGGUUCAAGCGGGUGAGCGAAGCGUACCAGAUCCUCCAGGACGAUAGUGUCAGAGUCGGGUGCACCGACGUCAAGGAGGCCGCCAGUAUCGCUGUCCUCAAGGUGUUCCGGACUUUUCUCGGCGGGGGCAUGUUUGAGCACCUGAUUGGCCCGCUCAGCCCCAGGAUGGUUCCCGUUCGAGACCCGGACUAUCACCACCGGAAGUCGAAAUCGCUGGCUGAGGAGCUGGAACGAAGGCUGGAAGUGGACGUGCGGGGCAACUCUUUCUACUUCAACCAGGCCGCCUGGGCGGAGGCGUUGCAGCUCCGGGAACAGUCUAUGGGUCGCGAGAUCCUCCGCACCGUGGGGUACGUGUACAAGAACUACGCCCAACGGUCCCUGGGAAAGCUGGCGCCGAACGUGCUUCAGCCCCAGGCUCUUCGGGGCAGGAUGAGGUUCUACUCGGAUCAGGCCCACCGGGUCAACAACAUGCUGUCCGCGGUUUCGUCCACGACCAGGCUCUACGUCCACCUGCAGACCAGCUCUGCUUGGAGCUGGCGGAGUACGCUGAUUGGGUGGCUUAAAGGCUUGCUCUCCCUCUCCCUCCCGUCCAUCCAUCCGUCCCUGCUGCGCGCCGUCCAUGUGUCCGGGGCCGGCAUCGCUGUGGGGGGUGGCUCUUUCUCGUGGCCGAUGCUUUGA